AACAAGCGCAGCGGGCGGAGGGGCUGGAGCGUGGAAGCGAGAAGAGCGGUCGCCAGCCCGGAACCUGGCGAGAGGAGACAGCUGAGCGAGGAGGAGGAGGAGAGCCGUGACACGGCAGGCAGCCCUCUGGGAGGAUCCGGCUGAAAGAGAGCCUGGCAGCCUCCCCUGCACGGGCGCCCCGGCCACUUCCAGCCUCUCGGCUGUCAACUAGCAGGCGGCGGGGAAGCUGAGCAGGGCAGAGCCCGGCCCCCUUUCCGAGUCUCUCCUCCCCGCUAGCAAUUUUUUCCUCCCUCCCCCCUUUAAAAUAAAAAUCUGCAAGAGGAACUCCCGACCUUCCUCGUAGUUUUUGAAUCCGCUGACUGCCUCCCGCUCCCCCGCCUGCGUGCGGUCUGGAUCCCUGCGAAGCGAGAGGCGAGAGAAGGAGUUCAGGGGAGGAGGAGGAGGAGGAGGGCGCUUCGCGUGCGUUUUAAAUCCCACCGUGGCUUUUUCUAAAAAGGAAAAAUCGGCUGCAUGGACGGGCAGCGGGCAGAGAAAUCCCAUUUAAUCUCCUCUCGUUCUCGUUGCUUCGCAAAGCGCCGCUGCCUCUUCGCCAAGGUCCAUAUUGAUCCAAGUCUUUUGAACUGACAAAGGAAGUAUCUGGAAUAGUAGUAAUACAAAAGCUUUCAGCAAUUGUGCCCUGAAGCGGGAGCCUUAUGAUGAAGUGAAAAAGGGGAGUGCCCGCAAUCCGGAGUCUCUGGACAGAAAUGGCCCCCUUAACUCCUCUGGCGUGUUAACCCCUGGCUGGGUGGUGGAGGAAGAAAGUGCUUGAGAGGGGGGCAGGGCUACCUCCCCACGAAGGCUAUGAUGUCGGUUGAAGGCUCCACAAUAACAAGCCGCAUCAAGAACUUGCUUCGAUCUCCUUCUAUCAAGCUGCGAAGGAGCAAGCCAGGGAGCAAGCGGGAAGACAUCAGUACGAAGGUGACCUUGGAGAAAGUGCUGGGAAUCACUGUCUCUGGAGGCAGAGGAUUGGCCUGUGAUCCAAAGAGUGGUCUCGUUGCUUAUCCAGCUGGGUGUGUUGUCGUGCUGUUCAACCCUAGGAAAAAUAAGCAACACCAUAUUCUGAAUAGUUCCAGAAAAACUAUUACAGCCCUUGCUUUUUCUCCUGAUGGAAAAUACCUGGUUACUGGAGAGAGUGGGCACAUGCCUGCUGUUCGAGUAUGGGAUGUUGCUGAACGGACUCAGGUGGCUGAACUUCACGAACAUAAGUAUGGUGUGGCGUGUGUGGCGUUCUCCCCGAGCUCCAAGUACAUUGUGUCUGUGGGUUACCAACAUGACAUGAUAGUCAAUGUAUGGUCAUGGAAGAAAAACAUUGUUGUAGCAGCCAAUAAGGUCUCAAGCAAAGUGACAGCAGUGUCAUUCUCUGAGGAUUGCAGCUACUUUGUCACAGCUGGAAACCGGCACAUCAAAUUUUGGUACCUGGAUGACAGCAAAACCUCAAAGGUGAAUGCUACAGUUCCUUUGCUCGGACGUUCCGGUUUGCUUGGGGAACUAAGGAACAACUUCUUCACAGAUGUGGCAUGCGGCAGGGGCAAAAAAGCAGACAGCACUUUCUGUAUCACUUCCUCAGGUCUCCUGUGUGAAUUCAACGAGAAGAGGCUGCUGGACAAGUGGGUGGAGCUGAGAACCACUGUGGCAAACUGCAUCUCUGUGAACCACGAUUACAUCUUCUGUGGCUGUGCGGAUGGCACGGUGCGGAUUUUUAACCCUUUGAACCUUCACUUUGUGACUACGCUCCCCAAGCCGCACUUCCUGGGGACGGAUAUUGCCAGCGUCACAGAAGCCAGCCGGCUCUUCUCUAACGUGACCGAUGCCAAGUAUCCAGACACCAUUGCCUUGACCUUUGACCCCAAUAACCAGUGGCUCUCCUGCGUUUACAACGAUCACAGCCUGUAUGUGUGGGAUGUCAAGGAUCCCAAGAAAGUGGGCAAGGUUUAUUCGGCAUUGUACCACUCCUCUUGUGUUUGGAACGUUGAGGUGUACCCUGAGGUGAAGGAUAGCAACCAGUCUUGCUUGCCCCCAAACUCUUUCAUCACCUGCUCUUCUGAUAACACCAUCCGCCUCUGGAACACAGAGAGCUCCAACAUCCAUGGGGCGGCUCUCCAUCGGAACAUUCUGAGCAAUGACUUGAUGAAAAUUAUAUAUGUAGAUGAAAACACUCAGACCCUCCUGGACACAGAAUAUAACACUGGUGGGGGUGCCGACAAGGCUGACACGCAGGCCCUAGAUGCAAAAGUGGGGAUUCGUACAGUGUGUGUGAGCCCUACUGGGGAGCACCUGGCAUCAGGUGACAGGAUAGGUACUCUCAGGAUCUAUGAGCUGAAAUCCCUGAGAGAAAUGCUGAAGGUGGAAGCUCAUGAUUCUGAAAUUCUCUGCCUUGAGUACUCCAGACCUGAGACAGGGUUGAAGCUUCUAGCAUCAGCCAGUCGAGACAGACUGAUUCAUGUUUUGGAUGCAGGGAAGGAUUAUAGCCUGCAACAGACACUGGAUGAGCAUUCGUCUUCUAUCACAGCUGUGAAGUUUGCAGCCAAUGAUGGAAAGGUGAAAAUGAUCAGCUGUGGAGCAGAUAAGAGUAUCUAUUUCCGCACUGCACAGAAGACAGCUGAUGGGGUUCUCUUUACUCGUACGCACCAUGUUGUUAGGAAGACAACUCUGUACGACAUGGAUGUGGACCCUAACUGGAAGUAUGCUGCUAUUGGAUGCCAGGACCGCAAUAUCAGGAUUUUCAACAUUAGCAGUGGGAAGCAAAAAAAGCUAUACAAGGGAUCCCAAAGUGAAGAUGGCACCCUCAUUAAAGUGCAAACAGAUCCCUCUGGUCUCUAUAUUGCUACAAGCUGCUCUGACAAGAACCUUUCUAUCUUUGAUUUCUACUCAGGCGAGUGCGUGGCCACAAUGUACGGGCAUUCAGAGAUUGUAACUGGGAUGAUGUUCAGCAAUGACUGCAAACACUUGAUCUCCGUCUCUGGUGACAGCUGCAUUUUCAUCUGGCGUCUGAGUUCGGAGAUGACCAUCAACAUGCGGCAGCGCCUGGCAGACAUGAAGCAGAGAGGGAAGCAAGCGGAGAAAGCACAGCCAGGCAAACCAGCUGGGCUUGCCAGGCACGAGUCGGUCUCUGUCCUCUCAUCUGCGCCAGUGCUGUCAUCAGACAGUGACAAAGAUGGUGAAGACGAAGGGAAUGAGGAAGAUGAGCUACAUGGGCUGCAGUCCUUCCAAGUCCAGACUAAUGGCAACACUGAAAGGGAUUCAGAUCCAGAUCUUUCUCUUUCAAGAAGCUUUUCCCACUGGGAAAUGAGGAGGGCAAAAGAGAUGGCAAUGAUUCAGUGUUCGGAGGCCCCCAUGAGCAAGGCGCCUCGGCAGCGUGGUCGUUGGUCGCAACCCACAGGCAGCCUAGAGUUGACGGUGAAAUCCAUGCUUGACUUGCGGCAGCUGGAGUCUUUCUCCGUCUCCCGCUCUGCCAGCCGAGAUUCUCUUUCCCAGGUCAGCAAUGGGGAUGACCAAGAAGAGCGUCCUGAUCUCCCUCUGUGUGUCAACAAUGCUGGAGGCUCUGCAGCUCCUCAGGAAAACCAGCCUUGUGUUCGACCCCAAGUUAUUCGCCUUGUGUCCUGUGAAGGGGGGAUUUUCCCCCAGGAACUGGAACCUUCGGAGAGCGAGGAAUAUGUCAUCUACCCAGAACAAGAUGAGAUUCACCCUGCAGAUGUUAGCAGCGAGUUCCAGGUAAAAGCACUUCCCCAUGGGAAACUAGGUAGAGGCUACCACAGCAACGGGUGCCCAGAUAAACACAGCCCUGACAGUGCCUGCUCCGUGGAUUACAGCAGCAGCCGCCUCUCGAGCCCUAAUGAAGAUUCUGAGAGUACAGAACCUCUCAGUGUGGAUGGUACGUCCGAUCUGGAUGAACAGGUGGGAGAAGAGGAUGAGGAGGAUGUCAGCGCUGGUCUGUUGGAAGGAGAUGUCCCCAGGACUCCAGAUCAGGAGAAGUUCCUCAAGCAGCAUUUUGAGACCCUGGCCAGUAACGGUGAAAAGGGUGGAUCAUGUAGGACCCUGGAGAGAACGGAAAACAGUAUUUCUUCUCGCUUUCUGUCCCAGUCUCCUGCUCUCAGGCAACUGUCACUUUCUUCAUCAAAUCUGGUAUUGGAUCGGAAGCCCACUGAGUUGCCUGACUUUCAGAAGCAAGUUUCUGCUGAUCCGCUGAAAAAUGGGCUUGACCACCAGAACAUGGCCCUGGAGAAUGGCAUCUUCCAAAAUGAUGUUAAUUCAUUUAGAUCACUCUAUAUGCAGAGAAAGAGGAAACCUGCGUUAGAGAUCAACAGGGGUCCUGGAAGACCACCUGGGCCUUUCCCCGAUAGUGAUGGGGCAGUGGUGAUGAGGAAAUCCCAGUCAGUUCAUGACCUUGUUCAUAAUGAUAAGGUUCCAGGAGGGAUGCCUUCUGCUAGGCAACGUCCUCAGACCCUAAUGGUAGGUGAGAAAGAUCCAAGGUCCAAUAGCUGUCGGGUUCUGUCUGCAACUCUAUUGAAGACAGACGGCUCCAGCUCUCUGCAAGCCAAAGACAGCAAAGCUGCAAAACCAAAGUCCUACAUGAGCCCCACCACUAGCUUCAUGGCCAAGAUGUCCCGCAGCGUAUCUGUGGGAGAGAAUCUAUGUCUUGGUGACUCUGCAGAACACCUGGCUGAGGUGAAGGUCAGCCCUCAAGUACCAGAGAAGACACAGUUGAAUCCUUUAGGGGACACUGAGAAGAACAAGCCGCUUGUGAAGGAGAAUGGCCUCGUGAAAGCUCCUCUUCAGCAAGCUACAAGUUCUUCAUCACCCAAAUCCUUUCACAGCAAGCUAGCUUCCAACCGGGCCCAUUUGAUCCUUGACAUCCCCAAAUCUCUGCCUGACAGACCGACUUUGGCUUCUUUCUCACCAACUGCCAAAUCAAAACCACUGCUGGAAUCACCCCAGUCACCUGCUGGCACUGGUAUAAAGAAGCACUCGUUUCCUGAAGGAUGGGCCUCCAAGCUGGAAAACCAAGCAGCUGUGCCACUAGGCCUUGGUAAAAGUAGCCCAGCAGGUCCCUUUACAGAGACACUAAAAGAGAACCGUACGUUGUUGAGGACCCAAGUCCAAGUCCAGCUUGAACCGGGGGCUACGAACCCCAAACUGAAAGAGUUUUCAGAUGGUCUGCACCCAAAAUCUCCAGAAUACAGACCACUGAGAUGCAAAGAAAUAAUUGGCAGCACUGGUUGUGUGCCGGAGAAUCAGCUUGAGCUUUGCUCACGUGAAGCAAGCAGGCCAAGGUCUCCCACAACUGUGGCAGCCCUGGCAGAGGACUCAGGUGUGCACGGAUACCCAUCUCUAAUCUUCUUCCCCCUUCUGUCUCCUGUCUUUGUGAAUCGCUUCACACUUCCAUCACAUUUCUUUACGUCCAGCUUCUGGCCUGUCUCGUCCUGUCUGCACCUGUCUCGUUCCAUAAGCCAUCCUUUCAAUGGAGGCUCUUCAGUCAGCAUUGAGCAAUGCAAGCACGUUGUGUCUGAGCUCCAAGACAGUAUGCGCAAGGCCAUCCAUCUAUACCAUAUGGUGUCUGCUGACAUGGAGUCUUCAGCCGAUAGAAAUGAGAUUGCUGGCCUCUUGACUGAUACCUUCUCUGUGAUGAAAAAAGAACUAGAUUCCCUGAAGGAUGGGAAAGAACUUCAAAGGGAGAAAGAAGUGUUGGCGAAGCCACACGACCCAACUGUAAUGCCAGUCAGUGAGGGAAGUGGUUCCACCUUAUCCAGUCCUCGGCAUUUUGGAGAUGAGCAAACUCUUGCUUUGUUGGAACAAUAUUCAGAGCUGUUGCUGCAAGCUGUCGAACGACGUAUGGAUAAAAAACUGUAAAGAAGAGUAGUUCUAAGGGGCAUAAACAUCUAAUGAAGAAACUGACAGCAACACAGGGAAAACUAACAUAGUGAAAACCUGGAAUGACUGCUAUUGUUGACUUUUAUCCAAUGGUGAAAUAUUUUUUUCCUCAAGCAGUUCUGUUAAGAGGGGGUCAUUUUAUGGCUUCCAGAAAUGUGCUGGUCACAGUACUAAUCUUUCUGUGCCCACUUCUCUCUCUUUUCCUUUUCUUUUUUGGUGGUGUUAAGAAAAACUUAUUGGAAACUUUAUUCCAGCCAAAACAUUUAAAACAAAAAUUCCUACAGACUCAGUUGACUGUGGCUCAGCCUGAAAUUGCUGACUUGGUGGAAAGAUAUUGAGAUGGCACCUGUCACUCCCUCUGCAGUGCUCUCUCGAUCUAUGUACAGUGUUAAAAUUUUAUUUAUUAAUUUAUUUUUGUGACUAUUGCUCUAAACUUUUCACAUGCAUUUUGUAGCUGUGACUGUUUCCAUGUCUUUCCCACACGUUUUGUUGCAGUAAACAUAACUAUACUAGUAGAUUGGCAGGCGGAAUUUCUGAACUACUUUUUGCUGCAGCCUGCCUUGCUGAAUUUUACUCAUAGGUUUUUUCUUUUCUUUUCUAUAAAAAGACAGUCUUGUUCUCCCUGUUUUGCCUUCUGUUUUAAAGAAAAACCUAUGCUAUAUACCUACACCUGCACUUGCUUCCAGAGGACAGCACACCCUUUGGACCAAGCUACGGAGAUUUGUUACAAGACUGUUUGCAAACAUGAAUGCUUUUGCAAGAACUGUACAACAUUUUAUAUAAAACUUGACCUCUACACUAAGGAGUUUUUUUAAAUUGAAGAAUUGUUAAAUUCUAUUUAUAAAGUUAUAAUUAGAAGUGGUGUUCAACUGGUGUUGUAUACUGGGCUCUUCAGAUGAUGUUUUUGGGCGAUGGGGGGGGAGAGACAUAGGGUUGCUAUAGCAUUUAUUAGAUAAAAUGUUUUAGUUUAAUUCUAGCAUAAAUUUAAAGAAAUUUGUCAGUGAAGAGAGCCUGACACCCGUUUUUAAGUACUGCUCAAGUGAAGCAUGAGAUGUACCUAGCGUCCCAAGAGGGAGACCCAUUUUAUGUCUCCAUUGCUAAAACCAGAAAACUACCAAUUAAAUGUGACUGGACAGAACAUUUAGACAGUUGUGAUGUAACUAUUUUCAUUUCCUUUUUUGUGAUGAAAAACAAAGCAGGUCAGUGGGGUGGGAAUGAGACUGCAUGGAGUUUUAUUCUGUUCAAUGAAAAACUUGCCAUAUUUUCCCAAACUCAUUAGUCCAUGGCUUUGACUCUCAGAUUGCUUAUCCUAGAAGGUUCUUCUUUCAUUUACCGUGCUCUCAGAUUAAAAAUCCCUCCUCCUGUUUACUGAAUUAUCAAACCAUAUUCCCAGAGUACUAGUUGAUAAAAGUAUUUCAGAGAUGGCUAUCCUACCGAAUUUUUUUGAGCUAUUCUCUCUGGUCAAAAAGCAGUUCUGCAUCCACUAUUGUCCAUCUGAUCAUCUGACUAAAUUGCUUUGGUGACCUGGGUCUUUUUCACCAGCUUUCCCCCCUUGCACUUCUCAUAUGGGAUUUUUCAUUCACUGCGCUGUAGGACUGGGAACCUUGCAGCGUAGCUUCUUUUCUGGGACUGGUUGGCUCUCAUAAUAUAUUAUAGAGCAGCCCUCUUUUUGGCUGGCUGGACAGCCAACCAUCCAUAAAUUAACUGCAAGAUUAGGGACCUGGAAUGUUGUUUGUGCUUUUUAGUAUGUCCCUCCCAGAACUUCCUGGCAGUCUUGCUCUCUCAUACACUUCUCUGAAUGGUAGUUAAGAUACAUUCAUCAGAACUGAUAUUCGGCUACUGUUUUCCGUCCAUGAGCGAGCAUGAAAUAGAGCAAUGUCUGUGGCAAAGGAAUAGGCUGGGUCACAUGAAAGAUACUCCUUGGACAUCUAUUAAUUGAAAAUUGAGAUGGCUUUUUUGGUUUCUGAGUGUACAUGCCAGGAAAGGUCUUAGGCAAAAUAACUUUUAUUUCCCUGUUCACAUUAGGCUGUGAAAAGUGUUCAAUGCUCAGGAAAUUUUCCUGUUCUGAGACACACAUAUACUCAGGGUAGAAGAGCCAUACUUCCAACACAGACAUCUUGUAUGAGAAAGGGAGAUAUUGAAGUUCUUUGUGUUGAUUUAAUCUCCAAAGUUGUCAAAUGCAUUAGUGUGACAGCAGAAUCAAGAUGUUGAUAGACAAAUACCUCAAUGCUUAUUGAUACAGUACCCAGUAGGUGAUUUCUCUGGGUUUCUCUUGGGAGAAAGGCAAUAUCAAACAAAGUUCAAUGUUACUGUCAAAACGUUUCUGCAAAAUAAUUUUCUUCAAAUUACUUGAGCACUGUCUGUAUUCAUGGAUCAAAGUGGAAAAUGGGUGUAGAAACGAACUAGUACUGUGGUCUUGAGUAAGUAGGUAUGCAAGAAUGUAUGGGCAGGCCUGUAGUUUUUAAUAUUACAUGGAAUAGAACGGCCAAGAUUUUUAGAAAAGUAGUAGUAGGGAAAGGAAUCUUUUUGGUUCAAAGCUAAGAGUAUGGUUCCUUUGAAAUGGUGCUUUUACCGGAAAGAGGCAGAACAUAGUUAAGUAGAACUGAGAAUGAAUUUUAGGUAAAUUAAAAGAUGAGAAUUGUUAGGUGUUUCCUUUUUUUAAAAAAAAGAAAGGAAGUAGUUUAAUGGGCCCUUCGUUUCCACUAUUAUAUCCAUGAAUUGGGGAGGUUUUAGGAGGGACUAUCCUCAGCCAGCCAGUUGUCUGAAACCAUUUGGUGCGUGUUAGCUUCUUAGCUAUCUUGUUUUCUGUCCCAAGGAUUUGUUGCUGAGAAGAAACGGGAGGAAAGACUGUUUCCUCUUAAGGAAAACACUUUGAUAGUUAAAUGUCAGCCUGCUUUACUUUUAGUUUUGAACUGCAUGUAAAUUAUUUGGCUUUAUUAUAGAUGUUCUCUGGCCCUAUUAGGAAACUUCAACAGAUAAUAUAAGGGUUGUGGAAACAGAAAUGCAUGUAGUAUCUGAACCUGGCCCACUUCUACUGAUUUUUAAUGUUUGCAUGCAAAUUAAUGUAUUAAGGUAAAUGGAGAAAGUAUGUACCAUGAACUCAACACUGAUGCCAUGCUGACAUAUUAUAUCCAUGCUUUCUGAAAUGUUUCUGUACAGUGUAAUUUGCAUUUUAUUCUUUGUGUAUGCUGUUUCCUUUUUUCAAGGAGAGUCCUUAGAAAAGAGAACAAAUACCUGUACACUUGAAUGGGACAAAAUGGCCUCUCGUUGUUUCUACAGAAACACAGGAGACAUUUGAAAGCCAAAAUUGUGUUUACACCAGCUAUUGGUAUAUGCAACUGGUGCUACAAUAUAUGGCCAUUUUGUUAUUAACCCCUCUCCCCCUUUUUCAUCCAAUCCUUUUCAGUGACACCUCUAAUAGUUGGGCCUGUUAGAAAGGAUUAGCUUCCUCUUUUGCUCAACUGAUCCGGGAUACAUUUCUUUCUGCAAAAAGAGUUACUGUUAUGGCCAGUGUAUGCAUCGGAGCAUUUUAAACAACGUUGUCGCAUAUCAACACAGAAGUUAAGCCACUGGACCUCCAGUAGCAUCCAGUAUUUUUAAUUUUUUUAAAUAAAUAAAUAAAUAAAAUAAAUCAGUUGGAGGGGUGAAUAGCUGCCUUGUGGACCUUCAGGCAGGUACUGUUGUGACUAGAUUGCUCUUUCUAUAGAUAAUAACUAGAGUAUCCAGAAUCCUGUAUUGUUUGUAUAUUAUAUUCUGGAGCUGGGCUGCUUACAUAUUGAGUUAAUCUGCUGUAGAUCACAGACUGUGAUGCAUGGAGCAGCAAUUUAAGGAAUAAGCCAUGUCUACUCAGCAUGUCUAAGUUAAGUCUAGGCACCAGAUAAACAUCCCUUUUACCUGUGUUAUUUCAACACUCCCUUCCUAUUCUCCGCUUGUUUAAAAGGAGAUAACAACCCUGAAACCUUUUAUUUAUAAAUGUGUGUUUUCUACCUUGGCUUUAAGAGGGGGGAAAAAUCUUUUAAAAUGUCUUCUUUUUUAAUUAUUUGAAACAAUUGUUUUAUGUUUGUGGGGGUUUUGCACUGUGAGCCACCUUUCUGGGGCUAUUUUUAAUUCUGUAUUCAUUUGUACUCUGCGUCUUAAGUAGUUUCAAUAAAAAAAAGUGUGAACCUUUGUUACUAA